UCACAUUGUUUCAACGUCACGCCGUCCAGUUGCUGUUGUUGUUUUCAUUAAUUUCGCCUGCAUUUCCAUUAAUUCGACUUAAAAAAUGGUUUUUGUAAAGAACUGGGAGGAUUUCGAGAUUGCCGCCGAGAAUAUGUAUAUGGCGAAUCCCCAAAACUGCCGAUACACCAUGAAAUACGUGCACUCCAAGGGCCACAUACUGCUAAAAAUGACCGACAACGUUAAGUGUGUGCAGUACAAAGCGGAGAACAUGCCGGAUCUCAAGAAGAUUGAGAAGAUCACCAGUAAUUUGGUGGGACACAUGGCCUCCAAGGAGUAAAACCCCGAACACAAACAAUACGUUUUGGCCACGGCGGCACUUCUGCCCCCAAAACAACAACAAUGCAGCACAUGUAAAUCAGCCACUGUUUUUGUUGUUCCCCUGGGACAGGUGUGCGCGUGUGUGUGUGCCAUCAAUACCCGCAAUUGAAUUUAGUUUGUAAGCGCCAAAUAUCCGACCAGUUUUUAAAAUUCGAAUGUGGUGACCAGAGUAGCUGCUUUUAAACGACAUUUCAUAAAUGUCGGCUCUGUACACGUUGCGAAUUAUCUGCGGAUGGUUCCUCAUCAUCUAGAGAUCGAAAUACCAUUUGCAGGCAUCGGCGGUGGCGCAAAAUGUUUUCCGAUAAAGUAAAACCUACGAUUUUGUAUUUAUUGUAACAGUCAAUGGGUCGUACACAUUUCCAUGAAAUGAUUAGCAUGAAAUAAAUCAAGGGAAUAAUGCAGAGCACAAUGAACACAAGGAA